AUAAUACGUGACCAGAAGUCUCCUUAAUACAGCAGGUGCAUGUUCAUGUAGCAGCUCUCUCGAAAAAUUCUGAGAAUAUUGUGGUUGUGGUUUCAGUUUACAAUAAUUUUUUUACGUCAAGAAGAUCAUGCGCUCGUGUGAGCCAUAUUGAUUCAUAAAUAGUUCAUAAUUAGUACAAGUCCAUAGACUUAUUCCAUUUCCAACCACGAGUCAUCAUCUAUUAAUUUAUCAACCAGCAGGCAAAAAAUGGAGAGUAAAUUCCGUAUCCUUUCUUUUGGCAAACAGCCUAUUCUGAACUGCGAGGCCCUGGCCAUUUUGCGGGAAGUACGGAAUGAAGAAUUGCUGAGAGGGGCAGAUGUAGAGGAGCUAGGUGGCCUCUCUGCACAGCUCGGACCUCUGAAAAGGUGGUUAAUCGCUCUGGAAAAAAACGCGGCAGAGCCUGUGCCUCCUAAAUUCAUAGUCGAAGCAGCGUCGAAAGGAGGAGUUAAGACGAAGGAAGGUUUCUAAUCGAUGGUGUAAAAGUGAGUUCAUGUGGUCGAAAGAAGAUUCUGUGAACAGGUGAAGAUAACAUCCUGAAAACAUCCUGGAAGCGUAUUAAUAGAAGUUCAGAAGAUCGAUGUGGUAACACUGCUGGAACUGUUUUGUCCCGCCAUUUUUAGGCUAUUACUACUAAAUGGGACACCAUGACGAUAACAUCACCAGUGGCGUCUCUAAGAUCAUGACAAGCAGCAGCGACAGCGACAAUGCAUCAAUACGGCGUCUAGAAAACCCCUCUCCACCAGAGGCUCUAGCGGCAUUAAAGAGGCUUCCUUUUCCGUUAUCAGAGGAUGAGCGGUCAUGGUUGGUGAACUAUAGUUAAGCCUAGCUAUUUUCACUAUCCCGUGUGGAGUACCACGCACUUGCUUGAUUUGCGGGGGAAAGAAACCACGGGGAAAAAAGGAAACUCACUUCAUCAGGGAGGAUAGUGAAAAUCCGACGCUAAUAGAGGCCGCAAAACGCGCAGACAAUAGCGUGCGUUUUUCAAGGGUCCGACUCGACUUCAAUGGAAGCGAUUCUGGCUCACAACGAGGCUGAUCGAGUUAAGGAAAAGGAGCUCCUUAGUAUGAAUAUACGUAUCUAUCAGAUAUCUACUAUUGAUUUCUAGUAGUACCUUGAUCUUCCUGAGAAUGUUCUUGUUUAGUUCCAUGGGUUUAGCAAGCACUAAUAUUCUUGCACAAGGCAACGGUGAGGAAGACACUCCAGAUCUUGCUCUCGGAUAUCAGCUGAUAUGGCGCUGCCUACACGACAGACGCUAUGCAUGCCCUGACAUGUACGAGGAGCAGGGACAACGGGACAAGAAUUUCGUAGCCUCUUCUGGUGAAGUUUCUUCCUCAGGUACCUCUAGUAGUACGAACAGUAACAAGCGUCGAAAGACAACAAAACAAGCCUCUUCUGAGAAGAAAAAGCGAAGGUCCGUGUCCUCCGAAGGAAGCACGCAUGAUUGUGAUGGGCAAGAUCUUCAGGGAGGGGAGAUAAGCUCCUAAGCUGCAGUGCAGGGAAGAGAUGAAUAUGCGAAGCAUUACACCGCGACCACUGGCUGUGAAGAGCAGUGCUUGCAAAGUUUUUAUACUAGCACUGCUCACAUCACAAUGAAAUUGUUAUUCCCCACUGGCGCUGCCCGUGCACCGCUAGCACUGACUACUGCUGAGACGCUUUUUCUCUUCGUCACUCCCGAUGAAGUAUGCUUUGUGAGCACCAACUUGAUAUUGCUUUACGCUCCAACGUAAGCAUCACUUUGGCAUAU